GCCAUGUCCGAGAGCAGCAGCGCCGGCGGGACCGCCCCGGGCGGGGGGAGCGGCGGAGCAGGCGGCGGAGGGGGCGCAGGUGGUGCGGGCUCCGGUUCGGGGCCCGGCGCUACCGACCCGGCCUCGUUGCCACCCGGCGACGCGCAGCUCAUCGCCAUCAUUGUGGAGCAGCUGAAGAGCCGCGGCCUCUUCGACGGCUUCCGACGGGACUGCCUGGCCGACGUGGACACCAAGCCAGCCUAUCAAAAUUUGAGGCAGAAAGUAGACAACUUUGUAUCAACCCAUCUGGACAAACAGGAAUGGAAUCCAGCAAUGAACAAAAACCAGUUACGAAAUGGGCUCAGGCAGAGUGUGAUUCAGUCAGGAAUGCUGGAAGCUGGAGUGGACAGAAUUAUUUCUCAGGUGGUGGAUCCAAAACUAAACCACAUCUUCAGGCCCCAGAUAGAGAGGGCGAUUCAUGAAUUUUUGGCUGCACAAAAGAAAGAGGAAAGUGUGCCAGCUCCUCCUCCAGAGCCUGAGAAUAAGGAUCCUCCUGCUCCAUCUCAGGAUGCCUCCUAAAAGUGAGCUCCUGAUACAAGCAGCUGCAGUUGCAAAAUACAUGUUCUGUUAGGUUGGCAAUGGUUUCCUUGUUCCAUUUGGUGCAGGAUUGCUGUCUGCCAAAGAUCAUAAACCUUUAUCAGACCUGUGGGAAGACACUGAAAUCAGUGAAAUUCAGAUGCAUCCAGAGUUCUGCAUGUGGAGGGACAGCCAAGUGGGAAGAUAUUUUUGCUGCUGAUCCCAUUACAGAGAGAAGCCAUGGACUCUUCUCAGUCAUUCCUUCAGGCAAGGGGGUGGGAAGAGAAAGGGAGUUGGCUCUCGUAUGGAGGGAACAGAGAAGUGGUUUGAUAGGAUACUAGACUUGGGAGCUGGAAGAAAAGAUAUUUGGGGGGUGGGGAGUCUCUUGUUGACCAAGUAAGAACAAAUAGAUUUUCUUUGAUGUAAGGCAGAUGAGAGGAAGUGUCAUACACUUCUGCUGCAUAACACAGCACUGAGUAGGAGAUGCCAAGUCAGGUGUAAUUCAUUGCACUGCCUGCUUUAGGGGAGAUAUUUCCUGUCCAAAACUGGAAAGAAAACUUCAGGAUCAAUUAUGUAGAUAAUUUCUGUUGUAUCACAGGAAAAUGUUUACAGUUGGCUAUGACUAUAGCUGAUUCACUUUUAUUUCCUAGGUAACUAGGAAGCCAAGGGCACCAGAGCAGGUGAUCAGUUUGAAACUUGCCUCUUUCAACUUGACUUUUCUUUCCCAUUAAAUUUCUCAGGUGUCUAGAGGAAACUGUCCUAUGCUUUCAGCUUGAAUGCAUGCAGUGUCCUCUGGAUGACAGUCAAGUAGAGAAUGUGAUCAAAUAUUCAGCCAGCAAAUGUCCAUACCUUUUGCAAUAAAAUACUU